AACCCGAGCCGGGGGACUAUUCAUUGUAACACGUGAGCAGCCUGAGGAGAGACACCGAGAGAGAGCACAGAGGACUCAUCUAGUACAGUGCCACAUCAAUGGCAGGACAAUGGCAUCACCUUCUGCUGGGGUAUCUACUCACCCUGACUGUGGGCAUAGUGCACAGCUCCCCCAGCUGCCUCCCCGGGGACCGAGCCUUGGGGCGAUGCAUGGAUCCUGCUUCAGAAAAAAGAACAUGUACUGACAAUGUCCUGGGAUAUUGUGAUGACUUACCGUACAGCAAAACCAUGUACCCUAACUCAUUAGACCAUCGAUCAAGAGGGGAUACGGAAUUCAGUGCUGAGUACAUCCUGCUGAGUGUCAUUGACAGCUUGCUGCAAGGAGAAUGCAAUCCUGACCUGAGACUUUUGGGAUGUGCUGUCCUGGCUCCACGAUGUGAGAAGAACAAGAUUGUAAAACCAUGCAGAAAAGUCUGUGAUGCUCUAAAGAAGAAUUGCCUUCCUGCCUUUGAUGCUAUUGACAUGGCGUGGCCUUAUUUUCUGGACUGUGAUCGCUUCUUUGCAAGUGAAGAGGAAGGGUGUCAUGAUCCACUGGAGAGACUAAGAGUUAACAUUGAAGAAACACCUGAUGAUUCGCUUCCUCAGAUGCCAACUACCUUCAUCGAGUUCAUUCACCACAGCUACAAACAAAUGGUCAGCAUCCUGAAAAAAACUGCAGGCAAGUGCUCCCAUAUCGCUAAGACGUACACCAUCGGACGAAGCUUUGAAGGGAAGGAUCUCAUGGUGAUUGAGUUUUCGACCAAACCAGGCCAUCAUGAACUAUUGAAGCCAGAAUUCCGUUACAUUGGUAACAUGCAUGGAAAUGAAGUGGUUGGCAGGGAGCUAUUGAUCUAUCUUGCCCAGUAUUUGUGCUCUGAAUAUAUCCUUGGCAAUCCCAGGAUCCAGACAUUAAUCAACACUACAAGGAUCCACCUGUUUCCUUCAAUGAACCCAGAUGGCUAUGAUUUAGCAUCCGAAGAGGGAGCUGGCUACAAUGGGUGGACAAAUGGAAGAAUGACAGCUCAGAACAUUGAUCUCAAUAGGAAUUUUCCAGAUCUGACUUCUGAAGUUCAUAAAAUUAUGAAAGUACGCUCAGCUCGUGUCGAUCACAUGCCCAUUCCUAAAACCUAUUGGUGGGAGAAGGUAGCACCAGAGACAAAAGCGGUAAUGAAAUGGAUGAGGACAAUCCCAUUUGUUCUGUCUGGCAGUCUUCACGGUGGCGACUUGGUAGUCAGCUAUCCAUAUGACUUUUCUAAACAUCCCUUGGAAGAAAAGAUGUUUUCUCCCACUCCAGAUGAUAAAGUAUUUAAAAUGCUUGCGAAGACCUAUGCUGCUUCACAUCCCAAAAUGUCAGACCAAUCAACAGAAAGAUGUGGAGGAAAUUUUGUAAGCAAAGGGAGCAUCAUUAAUGGUGCUGAGUGGUACAGCUUUAGUGGAGGAAUGUCAGACUUCAGCUAUCUUCACACAAAUUGUUUUGAACUUACCCUGGAGCUGGGAUGCGAGAAGUUCCCAACUGAGGAUGAACUGUAUACGGCCUGGCAAGACAAUAAAGAAUCUAUGCUGAGCUUAAUUGAAAUGGUACACAGAGGCAUAAAAGGAGUAGUGAAGGAUGAACAUGGAAAUCCCAUUAAAAAUGCCCGCAUCUCAGUGAGAGGAAUUCGCCAUGACAUCAUGACAGCUGAAGAUGGAGAUUAUUGGCGACUCUUGAUUCCUGGUGUGCACAUAGUUUCUGCUGAGGCUUUCGGCUACUCGAAGGUCACUAAGAAAAUUACCCUACCAGCUAAGAUGACAAAGGCAGGGCAGGUUGAUUUUGUUUUGCAGAGGGUCGAAGUCAGUAACCGUAGUUUUAAUAAAGCUAUUCCAGAAGACAUUUAUGAUCGAUUAGACCCACUGGACUCCUAUGACCCACAUGCUCGACAAGGACAAGGAGAGGAAGAGGAUGAGCAAUCACAAGACAGGGAAAAACCUUGGUGGUGGUCUUAUUUCAGUAUGCUUGGUCAUAACAGACCUCAGUGGCUACUUAAAAAUAACUAAUCCUAUAAGAAUCAUUUUGGAUAACAUCCUCCAAUUUGUUUCUUUUUAAUAGUGUGAGAUUCGUUUUAUAUUACUGUACUGUAAAACCUAAACUUUUCUGCUUUCAUGGUAAUUCCAGCUAUGAAGUGAUGAGGUUUUAAAAUGUUAAUACAUUUUAAUACAGUGAUCACAAAAUGUCAUAGUACAAA